AUGGAUAGAAAGUCUGCUAGAAUAAAAGCAGAGUUACAAAGAUAUGGUUGGAGAGUUUCGAAGAAUUUUAAAUAUAGGAAGGGAAGACCCAUAAAAGUCUAUGACAAAUUGUCUGGUCUUCGCUACGAAAUGGAUUUGGAAACAGCACGUGCCAAUUAUCCAAACAGACUAGAGAGGUUAGAAGAAGAACGUCUUAUGGACAUGCCUUUCGAUGUUAGUGAACCUCAAGUUGAAGGACACGACGGCUUUGCCAGAUUCUAUUGGAAACAUGACGAACAAUUGCAUCCUUUGAGAAGGAAAAAAGGAAAAGGUGAAGACGCACAUGCUCCCAUGGAAAGAACAAGAUAUUCAUAUGAAAAGUAUCGUGAAGUUAGAAGUCAAAUUACAUCUGGUCGAACCUUUACAGUAAACUUUGACGAAGGAAAGAACAAAGAAGGCUUCAUGGGUGUACUUGCUGCCAUACAAGACGGAAAUAAGAAAGGACACAAUCUCAGAUUGACCAUAACAGAUUUGGAUGGUCACAUUUACUAUGCACAUGGCAAUGAACAAACAGCCGCAAAACUUCUUGACGCUUUCAAGACUACAAAGAGAGAACAAAUGGUUGACUCCGACUCAGACAUUUUGAAUGCAAUUGAAGGAAUUGCAAGUGUCAAGUUCGAAUGGUACCAACCUAACCCUCAAGCAGUCAGACAACAUGCUGGAUACUUCCCGUUCAUAAAUAAGUCUGACAUUGACUUGACAAGGUAUGGAAUUUACAAUUCAAUUGAAACAAUUGUCAACGAACCUUGCAUUCUUACAUGUCUCAGGAACUCUGGUCUUGUUACAGAUGAGAAGAUGAAGUAUCUUGAGUCAUGUGUGAAGACAAGGUACAUUCUCAGAGGUCAAUUGGCAAAAAUUGCACCGUUGGCAAAUGUCAAUAUCCGAGUCAACAUACCUACAGCUAAAGGUUCUUCACAUGACGACUAUGUUGUUGA